AUGAAGCUUUCGUCUUCUUGGGCUGUUGUUGGUCUAGCGGCCCAGGCCGCUGGUGCUGCCAUUAGCCAUUCGGUGAAUGGAUUUACCAUCACUGAGCACCCGGACCCUGUCAAGAGGGACUUACUCCAGAAAUAUGUUACUUGGGAUGACAAGUCUCUCUUUGUCAAUGGGGAGAGACUCAUGCUCUUUAGUGGUGAAAUUCACCCAUAUCGUUUGCCUGUCCCAUCUCUGUGGAUCGAUGUGCUCCAAAAAGUCAAGGCUCUAGGAUUCAACUGCGUUUCUUUCUAUACAGACUGGGCUCUGCUGGAAGGUAAGCCAGGUGAGUAUACUGCUGAGGGAGUCUUCGCCCUGGAGCCAUUUUUCGACGCCGCCAAAGAGGCUGGUAUCUAUCUUCUGGCCCGUCCUGGUCCUCACAUCAAUGCCGAAGUAUCUGGUGGAGGUUUCCCAGGAUGGAUUCAGCGCGUCAAUGGAACUCUGCGAACUAGUGAUGAAGCGUACCUGAAAGCAACAGACAACUACGUUGCCCAUGUUGCCGCAACUCUAGCCAAGGGUCAAAUCACAAAUGGAGGACCUAUUAUUCUUUAUCAACCCGAGAACGAGUACAGUGGCGCGUGCUGUGGAUACACCGGUUUCCCAGACGGAGCUUAUAUGCAAUAUGUGGAGGACCAGGCUCGCAAGGCUGGAAUAGUUGUCCCUUUUAUCAACAACGAUGCCUCUCCUGGCGGCCACAAUGCCCCUGGAACUGGCAAGGGUGCUGUAGAUAUCUACGGACAUGACAGCUACCCUCUCGGCUUUGACUGCGCAAACCCUUCUACCUGGCCAGCGGGUAAUCUGCCCACUAAUUUCUAUACCACACACAUGAGACAGAGUCCCUCCACCCCAUAUUCUCUGGUUGAGUUCCAAGGCGGUGCCUUUGAUCCAUGGGGAGGUGUCGGGUUCACAAAAUGUGCUGCCCUCCUGAACCAUGAGUUCGAGAGAGUGUUCUAUAAGAACAAUCUCAGCUUCCGAGUUGCAUUCCUCAACUUGUACAUGAUCUUUGGUGGCACCAAUUGGGGCAACCUGGGCCACCCCGGUGGAUACACAUCCUAUGACUAUGGUUCCCCGAUUACUGAAUCUCGCAACAUCACCCGCGAGAAAUAUAGCGAGCUGAAGCUGAUUGGAAACUUUGCUAAAGUGUCACCGGCAUACCUUGUAUCAACACCAGGAGACUUGACUACUUCCAAGUACACCAACUCGUCUGAUCUGGCCGUGACUCCCCUGCUCGGAGGCAAUAAUACCGCUUCUUCCUUCUUCGUUAUUCGACACUCUGACUACGCAAGCCAAGCGUCAGUCGACUAUCAGCUCAAUGUUCCUACCAGUGCCGGUGAAUUAAUCAUUCCCCAGCUUGGAGGAAGCCUAACUCUGAGCGGCCGUGAUUCUAAGAUUCAUGUCGUUGACUAUGAUGUGGCUGGCACUAAUAUCCUCUACUCCUCUGCUGAGGUCUUUACCUGGACGAAGUCUGGUAAAUCGAAGAUUCUUGUGCUCUACGGCGGCCCUGGCGAGCAUCAUGAGUUGGCUGUCUCUUCUGAGUCUAAGGCCUCUGUUAUUGAAGGGUCAUCAGCAAGCAUCACCACCAAGCAGAUGGGCAAGGCGGUUGUUAUCGGCUGGGAUGUCUCUACCACUCGCCGUAUCGUGCAAGUUGAUCGAAACUCUGCUUACAACUACUGGGUUCCUCAGCUCCCAAACAAUGGCACAAGCCCUGGGUAUAGCUCCCAAAAGACUGCCCCUUCAUCUCUCAUCGUCAAGGCCGGCUACCUCGUGCGUACCGCUUAUGUGCAGGGCAACGACCUUCAUCUCACUGCUGAUUUCAACACCACCACCCCGAUUGAGGUGAUCGGCGCUCCGUCCAACACCAAGAGCCUUAUCAUCAACGGCAACCAAGCGCAGAUCAAUGUCGACAAGAACGGGAUCUGGUCUAGCAGCGUCGCUUACACAGCACCGACAAUCGAUCUUCCGUCCCUGAAGAGUCUGGAGUGGAAGUCGAUUGAUACUCUGCCCGAGAUCCAGAGCUCGUACGAUGAUUCCGCAUGGGUUCCAGCAAACAGACCUACCAAAAACAGCGACCAUAAACUCAAGACCCCAACCUCGCUGUUCUCCUCUGACUACAGCUUCCACACGGGAACCCUCCUCUUCCGGGGCCACUUCGUCGCAACCGGGGAUGAGAAGACUUUCUCCGUGCAGACUCAGGGUGGCAGCGCGUUCGGUAGCGCGGUAUGGCUGAACGAGAGCCACAUAGGAUCAUGGGCCGGAAUUUCCAUCGACGCCGACCACAACGGAACCUACACACUCCCCGCCCUGGAGAAGGGCAUGUCGUACGUGUUCACCGUAGUUAUAGACAACAUGGGCCUGAACGAAAACUGGGUCGUUGGUGAAGAGCAGAUGAAGCUUCCCCGUGGUAUCCUCAACUACGAGUUGUCCGACCACUCCGCGAGUGACCUUAGCUGGAAGCUGACUGGCAACCUCGGCGGCGAGGAUUACCUGGACAAGGUACGCGGCCCGCUCAAUGAGGGUGGUCUCUACGCCGAGCGUCAGGGAUUCCACCAGACCCAGCCGCCGACCCAAAACUGGAAAUCCGAUAGUCCCUUCGAUGGCCUGUCAGCACCUGGAAUCAAGUUCUACAGCGCGAGCUUUGAUUUGAACAUCGAGAAGGGUUGGGAUGUUCCUCUCUACUUUAACUUUGGGAACACCACAUCGGCGGCAGCUUACCGUGUCCAGCUCUAUGUCAAUGGGUACCAGUACGCCAAGUAUGUGAACAAUAUUGGUCCCCAGACGAGCUUCCCUGUUCCCGAGGGUAUUCUCAACUACCAGGGUACCAACUAUUUGGGGUUGAGUCUGUGGGUGCUUGAGUCGGAUGGUGCUAAGUUGGAGAGUUUGGACUUGGUUUAUACUACUCCUGUGUUGACGACGCUGAAGGUUGAGUCGGUGGAUCAGCCUAAGUAUAGGAUGCGCCAGGGAGCUUAUUAG